CGGCCAUUCGCCAAAACCAACCGCUGUAGGAGACUACCUAUGCUGUAUCUCUCUUAGCUCCAGUUAUUACUAGUCCUUACGUCAGAAGAGCUUUGUUCAACCUGGAGGGAAUCUGCGAUGCCACUGCAGGUUUCCCCACUGCCCCUCUUAAACAGUCAGCUCUGAGUCGUUAUCUUCGACAAAAAAGAGGCAUUGACCUCGCACGGAUUAAUUAGGCAAGGAAAGCCUCGUCGCUAACUUACCAUGGCCGAACUUUCUCUGAUCGAAGGUCUUGUGACCUUCUGGCAUUCCUAUCGUCUCCCUAUUCUUAUUGCUAUCGCCUCAGUCGCUAUCAUUCUGAAGGUCUAUCGCAAGUUCCAACCCAAGUCCAAAGCCGUAACUGCGUCCUCAAUCCCGCCAUCACCUCGGAGCCAAACCCCAGAGAAAUUCGAACAGACCCGUACGGGGGAGAGUGAGAAACCGGCAGUCGCGGAGAAAAGUGUUCCAAAGCCUGCUAGUGGAAACGACGCUGUCCCGAAGGUUGUAUCUGGACCUAAGAGAGUAUCUGGGAAAAAGCCACUGAAGGUUGCUGGGCGCCGUCGGGAGGACCAGGGACCCCCGUUGUCUUUCAUCCAACCAAUCAUUUUCUUCGCCUCGUUGACAGCGACGACGGAGAGAUACGCUCAGAUAUUGCUAGAGGAUCUGCGGACUGCCGCGAAGGAGAGAGCCGACCCGGAGAACCGUGAGCGUGGCCUUCUUCCUCCUCAAAUCCACGACCUCUCAUACAUUGACUUUGACGAUUACUUCACCACGGCCCCGCAGCCUCCAUCCACCUCUCCUGGCACACGCUAUGUAUACUGUUUAUUGAUCCCUACCUACAACAUCGACACCGUCCUUAAUACGUUCCUUGGCCAUUUGGAUGAAACCCACCACGACUUCCGCAUUGACACUUCCUCUUUGUCAACUUUGGCUGGUUAUUCCGUUUUUGGGUUCGGUGAUAAAGAGGGUUGGCCCACCGAGGAAGAAGGGUUUUGCUCGCAAGCUAAGGAAUUAGAUCGCUGGAUGGCGAAGCUUACCGGCAAAAAGAGAGCGUACCCCCUGGGCCUUGGUGACGUUAAGAGUGAUGCUGAAUCUGCCUUAAAAGAGUGGUCCCAGGGCUUGCAGAAUAUUUUGGUCGACAUUCUUGAUAAUGGUGGUCUCGGUGAAGGCGUUCCUGGUAGCGGUGAUCCGCUGGAGAGUGACGAGGAGGACCUGGACGACGACGAAAACGACGGAAACCGUUCUAAACGACGUAAUGGCCAAGAUGUGGUUGAUCUAGAGGAUAUCAAGAUGGGUUCUGAUGAGCAGUCCGGAUCUGGUCCUGUCCCAGUCGACUUUACUACCGCGGGCAAGUCCACGGCACCCAGUCAAUCAACUGUGAAGGAAAUGGUUCCCAAGACGUCUCCCACAUAUGCUGCACUCACGAAACAAGGAUAUACUAUCGUCGGCUCUCACUCCGGUGUUAAGAUCUGCCGUUGGACUAAGUCCGCUUUGCGUGGCCGAGGUUCGUGUUACAAGUUCUCGUUCUACGGCAUUCGAUCCCAUCUGUGCAUGGAGGCAACUCCUUCGCUUUCUUGCAGUAACAAAUGUAUUUUCUGUUGGCGCCAUGGCACCAACCCAGUCGGGACAACUUGGCGUUGGAAGGUCGAUUCACCAGACUUGAUUUUCCAAGGUGUUAAGGAGGGUCACUACAAAAAGAUCAAGAUGAUGCGUGGUGUUCCUGGUGUCCGUGCAGAGAGAUUUGCAGAGGCGAUGCGUAUUCGCCACUGCGCCCUGAGCUUGGUCGGGGAGCCGAUCUUCUACCCUCACAUCAAUGAAUUUUUGGACAUGUUGCAUAACGAGCACAUUUCUAGCUUCCUGGUGUGUAACGCUCAACAUCCAGAUCAGCUUGAAACGCUGCAUCGUGUGACCCAGUUGUACGUCUCGAUUGAUGCUAGCAACCGUGAAAGUCUACGCAAGAUUGACCGCCCUCUUCACCGAGACUUCUGGGAACGAUUCCAGCGGUGCCUGGAUAUCCUACGGGAAAAACGGCAUGUCCAGCGGACUGUCUUCCGUCUCACCCUGGUUAAAGGAUUUAACGUCGAUGAUGAGGUGAUUGGCUACGCGAAUUUGGUUGAGAAAGCAUUGCCGUGCUUCAUUGAGAUCAAGGGUGUGACCUACUGCGGUACUAGUACUAGCGCCGGAGCAGGAUUGACCAUGCAAAACGUCCCUUUCUAUGAAGAGAUCCAGGAAUUCGUUGUUUCAUUGAACAAGGAGCUCGAGCGCCGCGGGUUGGACUACGGAAUCGCUGCCGAGCAUGCCCACAGCUGUUGUGUCCUGCUUGCCUCGACGCGGUUCCAUGUGAAUGGUAAAUGGCAUUCUCGCAUUGAUUACGAUCGCUUUUUUGAACUUUUGGAGAAGGAGAAAGCCGAUGGUACGACGUUCCGCCCUGAGGACUAUAUGAGGGAGACGGAAGAAUGGGCCUUAUGGGGCAACGGUGGCUUCGAUCCGAAUGACCAACGUGUUCACAAGAAAGGUAAAAAGAAGGCCCUCCAGGCUGCGACCGAGUGAUAGAGCAGCUUCACCCAGCACUUAUGAAGCUCAAUGCUCCCAUUAAGCGCCUAGCUCUGCAGCCACGGCGCUAGCGCCAUUACCUGACCACUACUCCUGCACCUUGUGGAGUACACAGGAUCUACGGAGAGUAUAGCUGGCCAGAACAAGGCUCUGCUUUCGCAUAAGCGAGCUCCUAGAAAAUGCCUAUCGAGAUAUUGACGAUAAGAAGGAAAAGAGUUGGAGGGAACUAUUCAUACUACCUUCGCGUUUGCGAGGAGUGUCUUUGAGAGGCGCGUGAAUAUUCCAGAGGUGCGAUUGCACGCUCCGAAUUUAUAAGAACGGCGGCAUGUCCGGUAGCAUAUGUGUUGCUAUCUUACUGAGUUGACCAAGGACAAAACAAGCCGAACCUGUAC